UGCUUCUCCAAACAAUUAAUUGCAAACCCCGAAAGAACAAAAAAGUUGAGAUGUCGACAUCUUCAUCUCGCAACGUCAAACCACAAGUGUUCAUCAAUUUCCGGGGAAUCGAGCUGCGUAACACCUUUGUCGCCUUUCUCCAUGGAGCCUUGCGCCGCAAGGGGAUCAACGCUUUUAUAGACAGUGACGAGCAACCAGGUGUGCCUCUUAAAGUUCUUUUCGAAAGGAUUGAGAAGUCCACGGUGGCGCUGGCGAUCUUAUCGAGUAGGUACACGGAGUCACAUUGGUGUUUGGAUGAGUUGGUGAAGAUAAGAGAGUGUGCGGAUCGAAACACUCUACGGGUUAUUCCAAUCUUUUACAUGUUGAAUACAUCCAUUGUAAAGAAUCUUGAGGGGGAUUUCGGUCUUCAGCUAUGGAAUCUGUGGAGACAAGAAGAUCAUCGUUAUAAACGAGAUGACCGGAUCCUUAAGUGGGAUGCAGCUUUGCAGGACGCUGCGGGAAAGACGGCUUUGAGAUAUACUGAAAACAGCAACUUACUCGAGUUCGUGGAUCAGAUAACAAAACAUGUUCAGAAUAUGCUCAGCAAAGACAAAUUGCAGAGAGAAGAAAACCCAAAACCCCAAGGAUCAGGAGGAGAAAACCCUAAACCCGAAGAAGGCUCUAACAGAGUUUCAAGAAGUAUCAAACCCGGAGAACAAAAUCUGAAGCAAUUGAAAGAAAGGUUGGAUGUAGACUGCAAUGACGACGAAACUCGUAUUGUUGGAGUUGUCGGGAUGGUUGGAAUCGGCAAAACUUAUCUCGCCGAAAAACUUUUGGCCGAGCUUAAGACGAAGAUUGGUCGUGACGUGUUUAUUAAGUGCGGCAAUGAGAAAUCGAAGGAGCAAGAACUGGAUGAGUUGCAGAAGAAAAUUGUGGAAGGUUUAUUGAAGGAGGAUCAUCCUAAUUUGAGAUCCGUUGAUCGGAAUGCACUUGAGGUUAGGAAGAGUUUCCUAUUGGAGAAGAAAGUCGUGGUUGUUCUUGAUGGCGUGGGAGACAAGAAACAGAUCGAUGCGGUUCUUCAAAACCAGGGGUGGAUUAAGAAUGGGAGCAGGAUCGUAAUCACCACACGGGACAAGUCACUGCUCAAUGGAUUGGCAUGUGAUAUCUACGAGGUCCCUAAACUAAAUGACAGAGACAGCUUUGAGCUUUUUAGAGCUCAAAUAUUUACUACUAUUGAAGGAAGUUUCGUGGAGUUAGCUAGAAAGUUCGUGGAUUAUGCGGGAGGGAACCCAUUAGCUCUCAAGGAAUAUGGUGGAGAGCUUAACGGGAAUGACAAGGAUCAUUGGGAAAGAACACUUGGAACACUUACACAACGAGUCAGAGAGGAGUUGAGAAGCUGGUAUGAUGAACUAACCGAGCAGCAGAAGGAUGCAUUUCUUGAUAUAGCUUAUUUCUUCAGAUCAGAAGAUGAGAACUACGUUAGAACUUUACUAGACUCUUUUGACCCCGAAUUAAGAGAUCUCGCAGACAAGUUCUUGAUAAAUGUAUGUGAUGGUCGAGUGGAGAUGCAUGAUCUACUUUUUACAAUGGUCAAGGAACUCGUUGAAGACACUUCAGGGAAAUACAGGUUGUUGUCAUCGAACAGUGCAGAUUUUACUAGUGCUUUGAGAAAUAAAGAGGUUAGAGGUAUUAUAUUAGACAUGUCUAAAAAGAAAGAAAUGCCUUUAGACAACCAAGCCUUUGUGGGUAUGAGCAGUCUACGGUACUUGAAAGUCUACAACUCUCUCUUUCCUAGGCACUCUGAAGCUGAGUGCAAGCUAAACUUACCAGAUGAAAUUGAGUUCCCAAAAGAUAAUAUUGUCCGGUACAUCGAUUGGAUGAAAUUCUCAAGGAAAGAACUUCCAUCAAACUUUGAACCCAAGAAUCUUAUUGAUCUUAGGUUGCCUUAUAGCAAGAUUACUAGAUUAUGGAAUUUUGUUAAGAUUACACCAAAACUGAAGUGGGUUGAUCUGAGUCACUCGAGUAAGUUGAGUUCCUUGUCAGGAUUAUCAGAAGCACCAAAUCUUUUGAGAUUAAAUCUCGAAGGCUGCACGAGUUUGAAGGACUUAUCUGAGGAGAUGCAAAAGAUGAAGAAUCUCGUUUUCCUAAACCUAAGAGGAUGCACAAGUCUCUUGUCUCUUCCAUCAUUCACUAUCCAUUCUUUAAAGACUCUCAUCCUCAGUGGUUGCUCAAGUCUAGAAAAUUUUAAGGUGAUUUCUGAAAAUCUUGAAACUCUACACUUAAACAGCACUGCAAUAUGUGAACUUCCUUCAGAUAUUGAUAAACUCCAAAGACUUAUCUUAUUAAAUCUGAAAGACUGCAAGAAUCUAUCGACUCUACCUGAUUCUCUUGGAAAGCUUAGAUCUCUUCAAGAGCUCAAACUCUCUCGUUGUUCAAAGAUCAAGAUUUUUCCUAAUGUUAAGGAGAAGGUGGAAAACUUGCGGCUUUUGAUGCUUGAUGAAACAUCAAUAACAGAGAUGCCAUGCAAUAGUAUCAACUUAUAUUUCCUACAAAGUCUAUGCUUAAGCAGGAAUGACAAACUAUGCAGCCUACAGUUUGAUAUGAGCCAUAUGUUCCAUCUAAAGUGGCUCGAGUUAAAGUAUUGUAAGAAUCUUACAUCUCUUCCAAGUCUACCACCAAAUCUCCAGUGCUUAAAUGCAUAUGGCUGCACUUCACUAAAAACAGUGGCAAGUCCACUAGCCUCUCAUAUGCCAACAAAACAGAUUCAUUAUUCCACAUUCAUUUUCACGAAUUGUGAUGAAUUAGAACAAGUCGCAAGAAGUUCUAUCAUAUCCUACGUCCAGAAGAAAAGCUCAUUGAUGUCAAACGAUCAGUACAAUCAGGAUUUUGUUUUCAAAUCCUUGAUCGGUACUUGCUUUCCUGGAUGUGACUUACCUGCAUGGUUCGACCACAAAGCAUUUGGAUCAGAAUUAAACUUGGAGUUUCCUCGAGAUUGGAAUGAAGGCAAAUUAAAUGGAAUAGCUCUAUGUGUUGUAGUAUCUUUUGGGGAUUAUAAAGACCAAAACAAUGGUCUCCAAGUGAGAUGCACCUGUGAGUUCAAUAGUGUAUCCUUGAGCCGGGAAAGCUUCAUUAUUGGUGGUUGGUCUGAACCUGGUGAUGAGCCACAAACGAUUGGGGCAGACCAUGUCUUCAUUGGUUACACCACCUUGUUCAACAUCAAGAAACGUCAACAGUUUUCAUCAGCUACUAAAGUUUGCCUUAGUUUUCAAGUGACAAAUGGUACAAGUAAGGUCGCAGAAUGCAAAGUGAUGAAGUGUGGCGUCACGUUGGUUUAUGAAGCCGACGAAGUUGUGAACACAUCUUGUGAGGAAAACAUUGAUGCAACUCCAAGGAUGGAGGACGGUCAACAAGGUCAAACAAGUGCUUAUAAAGGUGCCCAAGAUGAUGAGGAAGAUUGCAUAGGUGAAGCCAAUUCUGGUACAAUUCCAAAAACAGAGGAUUAUAAAAAGGAGAAGGGAGUCCGCAAAUUCUUUAGAAGAGUGCUCUAG